AUGCCCAGCGAGGCUCGGGAGUGCACCGUGCCCAGACGCCUGCCGCCUCUCCCCGGGUCCCAGCCGCUGUCGCUGCGAGGGGCCGGGCUGCCCGCCUUUCCUUCCUUCCAUCCGAGAAGGUUAUAUAAUGAGCGGACCGCUGCCAAAGUCGGAGGGAAAAUGAAGUCUUUGUUAAAUGCCUUCACCAAGAAGGAAGUGCCCUUCCGAGAGGCCCCAGCAUACUCCAACCGCAGGCGGCGGCCCCCCAACACGCUGGCCGCCCCCCGGCUCCUGCUGCGCUCAAACAGCGACAAUAACCUCAACGCCAGCGCACCCGACUGGGCCGUCUGCUCCACGGCCUCCUCCCACCGCAGCCUGUCACCCCAGUUGCUGCAGCAGAUGCCCAGCAAGCCCGAUGGCACCGUGAAGACCAUCGCGAGCUACGUCCCUGGGCCCCGCAGCCGGUCCCCGUCGCUCAACAGGCUGGGUGGUGCAGGCGAGGAUGGCAGGAGGCCCCAGCCACACUGGCACGGCGGGUCACCUUUCGCUCCUGGUGCCAACAAGGACUCGCUCGUGGCCUUGGAGUACCCGGGACCCAAGCGGAAGCUCUACAGCGCUGUGCCCGGGAGGCUUUUCGUCGUCGUCAAGCCAUACCAACCCCUCGUCGACGGCGAGAUCCCCCUUCACCGUGGUGACAGGGUCAAAGUUCUGAGUAUCGGUGAAGGCGGCUUCUGGGAAGGCAGCGCCCGCGGCCUCAUCGGAUGGUUCCCGGCCGAGUGUGUGGAGGAGGUCCAGUGCAAGCCCAGGGACAGCCAGGCAGAGCCAUGCUGGGCCACUCCUGUCUCCAUUCUCUCGUUGGGAAAACCAGGCAUGCCGGUGCCGGGCAUUGCUGGCUCUGCCACACCUGGAUGGGCAGACCUGGAGGGCCACGUGCGGAGGCGGUAA